AUGGAAAAAAGGAGCUACAAAACAGUACUAUUAGGUGAUGCUUCUGUAGGUAAAUCAAGCUUUGUAGUUCGUCUGACCAGGGGUGAGUUUUCUGAUAAUAUAAACUCUACGAUUGGAGGUGCCUUUUUUAAUUAUACCGUACGAAUCUCCGUCUCAUCAAAGAACAUCUCCGGUGGCUCUGAUGAUGGAUCCGCAACACAUAUGGAAAUGAACUUCGAAAUUUGGGACACUGCCGGUCAGGAGCGCUUUAAAAGUAUAUUGCCUAUGUAUUAUAGGAAAGCUGCAUGUGCCAUUGUUAUUUUGGAUGUAACUUUACCACAAACAUUACAACAUGCUGCAUUCUGGGUCAACCAAAUACGUGUUGCUAAUAACAAUGAAACGAUCAUAGUACUAGUUGCAAAUAAAAUAGAUCUACUUGGUUCAAAUCCGGAAACAAUUCAAACAUUAGCAAAUGCGAAGGCCUAUGCUAAGGAGGAAUCCCUAAUAUUCGUUGAAACAAGCGCUAAAACUGGACAAAAUAUAGUCCACGUAUUUGAUUUGCUAGCCCAGGAAAUUUCAGAAAAUCCAUCAAAAUGGGAUAAACUUGCUCCUAAACUUUCAAAAAAAACUUUGAGAGUUGAUGAAGUCAAUACGAACAAUUUACGGUCAAGUUGCUGCAUGGGUAUCUUGUAA